CCCCCGCAGGGUGAGGUGGGUUCCCUACUUGGUGUGAAUCCCGCAGUCCUGGGAGCUCUCCCGGGGCUAAGCACAGCCAGCAGGAAGGGGUUAACUGCUGUGCGUCCCUCCCGGGUCCUGUUACCGCUGAGGCGGACCUGCCCGGCCAGCCCAGCAACUUUCCUCGCCUGCCCGUGCUGCCACAGGGGGCAGCUCGGAGGGCAGCGGAGCGGGAGCCAGGGGCCCUGGCUGCAGCCCCCCACCCGGGACCCUGCCGCGCCCUUGCAGGGGGGCUGCCCCUCCCGAGAAGGAGGGUCUCCGCCCGCGCGCGCGGGGGUCUCUGGUGGAUGGCUCUGGGCGCACUGCCCAGGCUGUGCCGUCCCCCUGGCGCUCAGGGUCAUUGCGGAGGCGGCUCGUGGUCCUGGUCGCGGGGCUGGGGCCAAGGGCGCCGGCACCCCAGACCCAUGCGGGACCCAGGGACGCAGUCUUCCUGCUAAGCUCACAGCGGCCCCUCUGUGGAGCCGGCGAUCUCGCCUCGGUGGCCCUCGGCCCUCCGCCUCCGGCUGGGGCAGGGGCUGCCCAUGUCCAAGUCCCCGGCCAUGACGACGUCAGCCCUGCGGCGCCAGGUGAAGAACCUCGUGCACAACUACUCGGAGGCGGAGAUCAAGGUGCGCGAGGCCACCAGCAAUGACCCGUGGGGGCCGCCCAGCUCGCUCAUGUCGGAGAUCGCCGACCUGACCUUCAACACGGUGGCCUUCGCCGAGGUCAUGGGCAUGCUGUGGCGGCGGCUCAACGACAGUGGCAAGAACUGGCGGCACGUGUACAAGGCGCUGACGCUGCUUGACUACCUGCUCAAGACGGGCUCGGAGCGCGUGGCCCAGCAGUGCCGCGAGAACCUCUACACCAUCCAGACGCUCAAGGACUUCCAGCACAUCGACCGCGACGGCAAGGACCAGGGCGUCAACGUGCGCGAGAAGGUCAAGCAGGUGAUGGCCCUGCUCAAGGAUGAGGAGCGGCUCCGCCAGGAGCGGAUGCACGCCCUCAAGACCAAGGAGCGCAUGGCGCUGGAGGGCAUGGGCAUCGGCAGCGGGCAGCUGGGCUUCAGCCGCCGCCACGGGGAUGAAUGCAGCCGCACACGGGGCUCCCCGUCGUCCUACAACUCCUCCUCGUCCUCCCCCCGCUACACGUCGGACCUGGAGCAGGCGCGGCCGCAGACAUCCGGGGAAGAGGAGCUGCAGCUGCAGCUGGCCCUGGCCAUGAGCCGAGAGGAGGCCGAGAAGGAAGUGAGGUCCUGGCGGGCAGAGGACUCUCCCAUGGCCAAUGGGGCCGGGGCCACAGCCCACCGGCGACGGGACAGAGAGCCCGAGAGGGAGGAGAGCAAGGAGGAGGAGGAGAAGCUGAAAACCAGCCAGUCUUCCAUCCUGGACUUGGCUGACGUCUUCACAGUGGCCCCGGCCUCCACGCACUGCUCUGCUGACCCCUGGGACAUCCCAGGUCUCAGGCAGAACACAGAGCCCAGCGGCUCCUCCUGGGGGCCCUCUGCCGAUCCUUGGUCUCCUGUCCCCUCUGGGAGUGCCCUAUCCCGAAGUCAGCCCUGGGACGGAGCUCCCACACUCUCCUCCUCUGAGCCCUGGGGCCGGACCCCAGCGCUGCCUGCUGCUCCCCCUGCCACAGACCCCUGGACACAGAGCUCUCCCCAUCAUAAGCUCAAUGUGGGGGCUGACCCGUGGGGGCCCUCCAGGGAGACCUCCAACUCACCUGCUCUAGGUGGUACCUCGGCCUUUGACCCAUUUGCCAAGCCUCCGGGCUCCACAGAAACCAAGGAGGGGCUGGAGUAUGCCCAGGCACUGCCCUCUCCAAAGAAAUCCGCCAGCCCUGUGGAGCUGGACCUGUUUGGAGACCCCAUCCCCAGUUCCAAGCAAAACGGAGCGAAGGAGUCAGAUACCUUUGACCUGGGCGUGAUGGGGGAUGCGCUGUCCCAGCCCAGCAAGGAGGCCAGAGCCUGCCCGACGCCAGAGUCCUUCCUGGGCCCCUCAGCCUCUUCCCUGGUUAACCUUGAUUCGUUAGUCAAGGCACCCCAGGCUGCAAAGACCCGGAACCCCUUCUUGACAGGUCUCAGCGCUCCAUCCCCCACCAACCCCUUUGGCGCGGGCGAGCCUGGCCGGCCAACCUUGAACCAGAUGCGCACCGGGUCGCCGGCGCUGGGCAUGGCGACCGGCGGACCACUAGGGGCACCCUUGGGCUCUAUGACCUACAGCGCCUCCCUGCCCCUCCCACUCAGCAGUGUGCCGGCCGGCGUGAUGCUCCCCGCCUCGGUCAGCGUCUUCCCGCAGGCCGGCGCCUUCACUCCGGCGCCCGGAAGCCUGCCGCAGCCGCUCGUGCCGCUGUCGGGCUCGGGGGGCCCGCUGCAGCCGCCCCCGCAGGCCGGCACCAACCCUUUCCUCUGAGCGCGCCCCGUCGGGGCCGGCUGGCACCCCCGCGCACGAGACUCCGCCCCGAGCCACGCCCACCACGGAGGGGGCGUCGCC